GGGAAUUUCCGUUUCGCGAUGACUAAACAAACCGACAGCCUCUCCCAUCUCUGUUUCCGUCUUUUUCAAUGCUCUGUUUUAUCUCUGGAGCGCUCUGUUCCAAACCCGAACAUUGCUGUGCACAAAAUCAGAAGAUCUGCAUGCCUACGGCGCUGCAUACCGCCACUCUCUUGGGCAUCAGAUUCAGAUUAUAAUAAAUGAUUUGAAAUUUUAAUGUGGUUUGACUAGAAGAAAGGAAAGGAAAGCAAAGAGUGUCUGCCUAUCUAGGAGUUAUCCACAUGUGUGAUUAAUCAUAAUUUUUAUUUUAAUCACACGCAUAAAUGCUUAUAGCAGUAAACGUCAGUUUUAUAAUGCUAUAAAUAUAAUUAUAUGUAUCCAUGCGCUUUUAGCAUCAGAAAGGGCAAAGCAGAGGCAUUGUAUUUAUUGGGAAGGGUCAUGCGUCUGUUCUGAUUUAACAAGAACACGAAGGCACUGGUUUGCUUUUCGUGUGCGAGUGUGCUCGUGUUAUAUAUGGUUGUUGAGGCUGAGGUGUGUGCGAAAGAUCAUUUAGGUUUUGGAAUGGGUACAGGCUUGUUGGAUUGGUCAGUGACGAACCCUGUUUUGGGUUUUGGAGAUGAUGCCUGCUUCGGGAUUCAUCAGCUUCAUCAAUUUCAGGGGAUUCAAAAUCUGGGUUUUGACUCUGUUAAUGAUUUAGGGGCUUCUUCUAGCACCACUCCAACCGGGAAUGAGCAAUUCCUGUCAAUGGCGCUGUCUCAACAUCUAGCCGCUCUUCUCGAGAAACAGGGGCAGGAGAUUAAUCUGAUCCUUCAAUUACAGGUUUGUCUCACCGUGUUUGACAUAAUGACUGGUUCUUUUUGCCCCCAGAGCCAGAGACUUAGAUCGAUCCUGCAAGCUCAAAGAAACAGGGAGCUAGCGGUCAUUCUACAGAUCAUGGAAUCAAAAUUAAUGAAUCUAUUAAAACAGAGAGACGUGGACUUGGAAGAAGCAACGAAGAAAGCAGAAAAUCUGCAAGGGUGCCUGAGGGAGCUAGAGAUCGAGAACGAAGCCUGGCAGAGAGCAGCUAAACAGAACGAAGCCACCGUCAUGGAUCUCAACCGCGCGCUGGAACAAGCCAAGGAGAGCGCAUUUUUCAACCCGGCAGAAGAUGAAGAGUCCUCGAACAGAAAAGAAGUAAACACGCAGAAGACGAAGAGGAUGGCUUGCAAACGGUGUCAUUCUCGGAACUCGUGCGUUGUUUUUUUCCCGUGCAGGCACCUCUGUUCGUGCAAGUCCUGUGAAGCCUUUCUCGGGCUCUGCCCUGUCUGCACAGCCUCGAAGAAAGCAAGCCUGGAAGUGUUCAUAGCGUAGGGGAUAUAGGAGAAAUGGAAACAGAGCACGAAGAACACAUUGCUUUCUAAUUUUUUUUUUCCCAGGAAAGAACAUGGUUUGAUCUUUGAUUUCACUUUUUGUUAUUUUGGGUAAUCUAUUCUUUGCUGGGUCUCUGUUUUCAUGUUUUGUGGUUAGUCGAUCUGUGACCGUCUGCCUUAAUGAAUGCAUGCAGCAGAUGAUAUUAGGAUUUAUUAGAAUUGAGUUUCUUUGUCGCCAAGAAAUAUUAUACCUCAGGCUUAUCAGUGUA